AUGAAUCUUGUAUCUUUGUCAAUUAUUUUAUUAGCAACUAUUAGUCUUUCUUUAUGUAAGAUUACUACUGUUAGUGUUCCCUACUAGAAGAUGAAGAAAGCAUAAAAUAAUAGCUACAUAAUUAAGUUUAGUUAUGACAUUGGUUAAGGAACUUUUGUUGGUCGUGCUAAGUUUAACAAGCCCUUAAUAUAGUCCAACAGAGAAGAUAAUUCAACUCUUACUGUUGCAGUCGUCCUUGAUGAUAAAUGGGAAGAAUAUUAAGCAGCUGAAACCUGUAAAUAAAAAUUAGACAUUGCUAGACUCAGUGACAAACUUGUAAUUCCUAACGACGGUAGAACAUGGGGUCCUGAUUAAACCUUCACCCUUGUUUAGAUAGUCAGAAGGAGAACUUAUUUUUUCACAAUUUUAGAUUGCGAAGGUGUUCUUAAUGGUAAAAACCCUGCUGGCUUAAAGAUUGAUAUCUAAACUGAAAUGCUCAAUAUUGAAAACUCCCAUUUCUCCUCUGAAGAAGAAGGUUUCCUUUAUCCUUUCUUCUUCCUCCUUAUUAUUUGCUCUGUCUUUUUAUCUAAAAACAUGUAGCGUUUAAUUAAGUUGUAUAAUAAGGAAGAAGAAUUAGAUUGGGCAUUCUUGCUUGCUAAUAUCACCCUGAUUAUGCAAAUUUUAAAUAUAUUCUUUGAAUGGACUCACAUGCUUAUUUACUCUUCCAAUGGUAAGGGUUCAUUCGUCCUACAAUUAUUCGGCUAGCUUUUCGGUAUCGCAGCUUAAUUCACCAUGGCUAUCUUGUUCAUUCUUAUUUCUUGGGGUUGGACUAUCAACUAUUCUGAACUUGAAAACUUCGAUAUUUACAUUCCACUUGCAGUGUUAUUAGGUAUUGUCCACAUGAUGAUUGUUGGUUUAAGCAAAUUGACAGAUGAUGAAAGUCACAAAUUCCAUUAAUACGGUGGUUUUGUUGGUUGGAUUAUCGUAUUUUUGCGUUUAGGUAUGUUUAUCUACUUCUUGUUUGGUAUUAAGGAUACUCUUAAGACUGCUAGAGAAAAGGUUAAGGUCUUUAUUUACAAAUUCGUAAUUGUUGGUUCUCUUUACUUCCUUGCCUUCCCAGUCAUUUUGUUUAUUACAUCCUUCAUAGCUGAUUAUGUUUAACAUAGAAUUAUUACUAUUGGCACAUUAUUGAUGUAAUGUAUUGCCAUUAUUUUUAUGAGUUUCCAAUUCACAUCCAAAUCCAGUGGCUACAACGAAGUUUCCAUCAAGGCAAAUCCUCUUCUUCCCUACGGUAAGUUAGAUUGA